AUGAUAUUAGGCACAUUUAUUGGACAUGUUCUCCUUCUCGAAAGAAUAUUAGCUACUGUUUUUGUGUCAAAAUAUGAAAAUAAUAAAAAGCCUUAUUUUAGUAUUGUCUGUUUUAUUAUUGUGAUGUUUCUUUCAUUUCAAAAUGCCUAUCGCCAAACAUAUUAUGGCGAUUCUGUAUUUGAUGUUGCCUUGGGAACGCUAAUUACUAUUUAUGGAACUUUAUUUUUUGGUGUACUUGAAAUUGCUAUAAUUGGAUAUAUUGGAUAUUACAACAAUACAAAAUAUAAAUUAAAAACAUUCCUUUAUUUCAAACAUAGUCUUUCAGAAAGAUAUCAGGCAAUAUUUUAAUUUGUUUUAAUUCUUUAUCAGAACCUCAACUCGUUGCUUUCCUAUUUCUAAAACUGUAUCAGAUUAUUCCAAAAUUAUGGCAAUUC